AUAGUGACAAAUGUCAACGACUGCGUGACAAUUAAGACAUCCUAAAUCCCUAACUGUAUAUGUUUGUCUGUAUUCUUAGUCAGUGCCGCGUAGCAAGUCCUUUACAACUAGCAGUAGCAAAACCAACGCGGAAGGGAGUUAAAGUUGUUGUUGUUGAUUGCGUUGAUCUGCAGAACACGGCAAGUUUAGUUGAUUUUGAUUCCGUCCUCCUAUAAGAACGCGUUUCAAGUCUCUACAUUUCCUCGACAGUUCGAAUCCCUAUUAUAUACUUCUACUCGCCCACCCAUUGAAGUAAGCGGUAACAUAGCCGAAGAGACUCUCUCUUUAGGUAAUAUGAGCCAAAAUUGUAAACAAGAUCCUUCUCUCCGGUUCUUCCGCUUAAAAAACCCGUUCAAGAUUCUGUUUAAGAAGACCAACGAUGCUGGAUUAUCGCCAAAGCUUCUCUCGCUGUUGAACAAUUUCGAGACAAACUUGACGGUAUCGAUUAGACAACUUAUACCAAAGGAUAAGAAUGAUAUCGUUAGCGUUUCUUGGAUGAUACAAGCCAUGGAGUCUCUUUGCGAGACACACAAGAGUAUCAGGUCACUCGUGAAGGGUCUGGAGCUUUCUGUAUCUGACUUGGAGGAAAAUCUGAUUUAUAUAUACUCUGACAUUAGCUUGAAGCUGCUUGAACUAUGCAACGCCUUCACCUCAGAGCUCGAUCGUCUCAACCAUGGAAACCUAUUGCUCAAGUUCGCUUUUAGUAAGCUCGAGACAAAGGAACUCCAGUUAUCGUACAUGGACAGUUGGAAUCAGCACAUGGUCUCCAAGAACCCGAGAAUCCAAAACUGCGGAGCUGUUUUGACUAGGCUUGUUGAAUCGAUGGAUCAUCAACAUCAUCUAUCCAAGAAGGCUAAGAAGAAACACUCUGUGAAAGCUAAAGUCCUCUUACGAGCUCUAUACGGUGUAAAGGUCAAGACUUUAUACAUAUUCAGCGUGUUUGCUGCAGCGUUUUCAGGUUCUUCCAAGAACCUAUUCUAUCUAAGAGUUUCAAAGGAGAUGGAGGAGCUUCCAUGGGCACAAGCUUUCAUGGAAUUGCAGAACGAGGUUAACCCGGAGAUCAAAAACACACCCUUAUCAGACAAAUUCACGGUUAUUAAAGAUCUCGAGGCUGUUGAAACCAGUGUGAAGAAGUUAAACACGGCGGUACAAGAAGGGUCGGUUCCUAAUAUUUUGUUGUUGGAGCAAUUGAAGAAGUCAGUGAUAGAGCUUUCGGAAAAGUUUGAUCUUGUCUCCAAGGAAACAGGUUGCUUGUCGAAGAUUGUGAUCUCUGCUCGAGACGCAUUGUUCGAGAGUCUCUGGAAGAAAUAUGCAGAAGAGUUGGGAGUGACAUUGCCAAUGAUGAUUAGAAGUGUCAAAACUUGAUUUGUGAAUAGAAGAAAUAUGUAAUUAUGUUAUGAUGUUUAAUAACAAAUGCAAGUGAAAAAUGAGUUUUUAAUUACUAAUGAAUUGUAAUUACUUAAUAAUUAAAUUUAAAGGUUUACUGAUGA